AUGAAGAGGACACGAAACCAAUCAUCUUCCUUAUUGUUUGUGAAGCCUCUCCCGUGCUUGUUCUAUUUGAUGAUGAUGCUUCUCAACGUCAAAUUAUCAUUGACGGAUCCACAACGAGACUUGCAGCAUUACUCCAAUUACAAAUAUGACGCCUCGAACCUGAACAACAAUGCUGGCUAUUUCGACGACUCCUCCAGCACUAAUGGUGGCGAUGGGUUAUUCAUGGUGGGCAAUUCCUACACGGCAAUGAACAAUCUGACGGAGAUUGUCGUCAACAUGCUGGAGCACUCUUCCAGGACAUCUUCAUCUGGUGUCAGACUACCGUUACAGACCGAGACUUGGAGUCUCGAUGGUGCCAAAUGGAAACAUUAUGCAUAUCGACUAAGUUCACAAGACCACCUUCAACCACCGGAGACGUUCCAAGACGCGUUAAAGAGAAAGGAAUUUCGCUGGGUCGUCUUGCAGGAACAAAGUCAAAUUCCAGGACUCUUCCAAUCCGAUGUCUUUCAGAAUGAGUGGAUUGAUUCUAGAACGGCAGUGAAGAUUAUGGAUGAGCAAAUUCAACAAUUUGGCAACUCGAACAACAGUACACAGACAAUUCUCUUUGAAACUUGGGGUCGGUUGCGUCGCGAUGACAGUUCUUCGCAGCUUGCUGAACUAUUCAGCAAUUAUCAAAUCCAUCAAUCUCGCAUCGUUUCCGGCUACAAGGAGUACCAAAAGCUCCUUUCCACACCGGCACGACCAGUCAUGAUUGCACCAGUUGGGCAUGCCUUUCAGGCUAUUCACGAUUCUAUGGUGAAAGAGGGUGUGGCUCCCGAACAAGACGGAGGAAGAUUUGCUAAUUUGUACGGUGCGGAUGGCUCUCAUCCAAGUGCACAAGGGAGCUACUUGGCAGCCAGUGUGUUGGUCGGUAUCUUGACGGGGCAGGAUCCAAGGGGAUUCGAUUGGAAAUAUCCGCUCGUCCCACAAGAUACCCAAAAGACUCUUCGGGAAGUGGCCCAUGCGACCAUUGCCAUCUACUGUCAAUCGGAAUAUUGUAAUCCCCCAUCUGUAGGAACAUCCAAGUCUUCGCCAUCGUCAUUUGCGAGGAACUUGGUGCGGUUCCUACUUGUUGCUGGUGUAUUUCUAGUGUGCAAGAAGUAUAAUGAUGCUCGCAACAGGAACUAUGGUUAUUCUUCGCUACCACAGGACAGGGGCAGAUCUGGCAUGCAUUAUGAGAUGACGUAG